CUCCGGAUCUUGCAGCAGACAACAAAACAGUCGAGUGCUCGUCGUCGCUUGCAGAAGAGAGCUGAUCUGUCCCGUGGUUGUUACGAUUUAUAUAUUGACUUAAACAUUUACUGAGGAGUCUGCCGGAGGCCUUUGUUCAAGAUGUCGUCUAUGCGAGGCCUUGUGCAAUUUAUUGCUGAUUUGAGAAAUGCGAGGGCUCGGGAAUUGGAAGAGCGAAGAAUCAACAAAGAGCUUGCAAACAUUCGGCUGAAAUUCAAAGACUCGAAUCUGAGUGGCUAUCAGAAGAAAAAAUACGUCUGCAAACUGUUGUACAUCUAUAUCCUUGGAUGGACUGUUGACUUUGGUCAUCUCGAAGCGCUAAACUUGAUUGCAUCCAACAAAUUCUCUGAAAAGCAAAUUGGAUAUCUAGCAAUCAGUUUACUGCUCAACGAAAAUCAUGAUCUCAUCAACCUCGUUCUCAACAGCAUUCGGAAAGAUCUGAACGAUGGCAAUGAGCUUUUUAACUGUCUUGCUCUACACGCGAUCGCGAACGUCGGAGGCAAAGAAAUGGCCGAAACUCUGGCACCAGACGUACAGCGCUUAUUAGUGUCACCCGUUUCUAAAUCUUUUGUCAAAAAGAAAGCCGCGCUUACGCUGCUGCGCCUCUACAGAAAACAUCCUCAGGCAGUGCACGUUGAAUGGGCAGGUCCAAUCAUCCACAUGCUUGGAGAUCAAGAUUUGGGUGUUGUCACAUCGGUCACAUCGUUAGUGAUGGCUUUGGCGCAGGAUCAGCCGGAUACGUUUAGGAAAGCAUAUGGAAAGACAGUCAUGAAAUUGAAGUCUAUGCUGAUCGACGGGCGUAUCCCAUCAGAGUAUAUGUACUAUAAAGUUGCCAAUCCUUGGCUUCAGGUCAAGAUGAUGCGACUUUUGCAGUACUACCCUCCUUCAGACGACCCCGAUAUUAGUGCAGCUCUUUUGGACGUGAUCCAAUACACACUCGAGAGCUCUUCCGAGCCUUCCAGGAGCGUGCAGCAAAGCAACGCACACAAUGCAGUCCUGUUUGAAGCGAUCAAUCUGGCGAUUCACAUCGACGCCAACCCACAUAUAAUGGACCGCAUGAUUAGCAAGCUCGGCGUCUUUAUCUCUUCUCGCGAAACGAACUUACGGUACCUGGGUCUUGAGGCUAUGGCACAUCUUGCUUCACGAACUGAAGAUCUGCGCGCGAUCCGAAGUCACCAAAACACGAUUUUGGGAUCGUUGAGAGACAAGGAUAUCUCCGUCCGUCGUAAAGGUCUCGAUCUUUUGUACAGCAUGUGCAGCUCCCAGAACGCCCCUGUGAUUGUGGCUGAGUUGCUCAAGUACCUCGAAGUUGCCGAUUACGCGAUCCGCGAGGAUAUGGUUAUCAAAAUCGCUAUUCUGACCGAGAAACACGCUAUGGACUACAAGUGGUAUAUCGAUACGAUCCUGAAGCUCAUCUCGGUUGCGGGCGAUUACGUUAGCGACGAAGUUUGGCAACGAGCCGUUCAAAUUGUGAUCAAUAAUGAGGAGCUGCAACCGUAUGCUUCUCAUACAUUAUUACAGUAUCUCAAGGGCCCCACAUUCUACGAAGCUAUGGUGAAAAUUGGCGGAUAUGUCCUUGGGGAGUUUGGACAUCUGAUUGCCGAUACCCAGGGAUGCACGCCUAUCGAGCAGUUUAUGGCUCUGCAGGAUAAAUUCAAUUCUGUAUCACCCUUCACGAAAGCUUUAUUGCUGUCGACAUACAUCAAAUUUGUGAACCUGUUCCCGGAAAUCAAGCCUCAACUUCUCCAGGUUUUCCAGUAUAACUCUAGAUCUUUGGACUCAGAACUACAGCAGCGCGCCUGCGAGUACCUCGAGUUGGCAUCACUACCUACAGACGAUCUGCUACGCACCGUUUGCGACGAAAUGCCACCGUUCCCUGAGCGUGCCUCGAUUCUUUUGUCAAGACUUAAUGAGAAGCAAGGCAAGAGCGAAGAUCGUAGGACAUGGUUUAUUGGUGGGAAGUCCGGGAAUGUUGAGAAUUCGACCCUGAUUGAGGGGUUUUAAAUGAGUUAAUGACUGAUCUUCAAUGUAUGCUAGAGU